UUUUUUUUUUUUUUUUUCAUUUCAGCAAACGCGUACACAACAGCAGGUGUAGCUGGGUCAUGUGGUGGCUACUACACUGCAUCUAGUGGAGCAUUUCACAGCCCUGGGUACCCCGGCAACUACUCCAAUUAUGCAGACUGUUCAUGGCAUAUUAGCAGUGGAGGAGGAAUGAACAUACGCUUGACCGUCAAUUCUAUCGAUGUGGAAGCACAUACACACUGCGGCUUUGAUGGCAUUCGUGUGUAUGAUGGUGGCUCCACCUUCUCACCAUUAAUUGAGACAAUGUGUGGAUCUACAACAAAGACUUUUUUUUCUCGGGGCAGUGACCUGACUAUAGUGUUCUUCAGUGACGGAAGUGUUGUUGGUCAAGGUUUUGUUGCCAGAUGGGACUUUGAGGAAUUCAAUACUGGAACCACAUGGCCUCAAGCGACAGAAGACUCAGACUUUAAUACAGACCCCACAGCUUGGAUCACAGAGUUUGAUUAUAAUACAGAAGAUUCAAGUUGGACCACAGACGUUACUGAUACAGAUUGGACCACAACAACAGCUGAACCAACUGAAAGAACUUCUCAUGACUUUAAUACAGACCCCACAGCUUGGAUCACAGAGUUUGAUUAUAAUACAGAAGAUUCAAGUUGGACCACAGACGUUACUGAUACAGAUUGGACCACAACAACAGCUGAACCAACUGAAAGAACUUCUCAUGGUAUCAAUACUUGGAUCACAGAGUUUGAUUAUACUCCAGAAGAUUUAAGUCGGACCACAGACGUUUCUGAUACUACAGAUUGGACCACUGCAGCAACUGGUUACACCACUCCAACAACAGGUUACACCACUCCAACAACAGGUUACACCACUCCAACACCAGGUUACACCACUCCAACAACAGGUUACACCACUCCAACACCAGGUUACACCACUCCAACAACAGGUUACACCACUCCAACACCAGGUUACACCACUACAACACCAGGUUACACCACUCCAACAACAGGUUACACCACUACAACACCAGGUUACACCACUACAACACCAGGUUACACCACUCCAACACCAGGUUACACCACUCCAACACCAGGUUACACCACUACAACACCAGGUUACACCACUCCAACAACAGGUUACACCACUACAACACCAGGUUACACCACUCCAACAACAGGUUACACCACUCCAACACCAGGUUACACCACUCCAACACCAGGUUACACCACUCCAACAACAGGUUACACCACUACAACACCAGGUUACACCACUCCAACAACAGGUUACACCACUACAACACCAGGUUACACCACUCCAACAACAGGUUACACCACUCCAACACCAGGUUACACCACUACAACACCAGGUUACACCACUCCAACAACAGGUUACACCACUACAACACCAGGUUACACCACUCCAACACCAGGUUACACCACUCCAAUAACAGGUUACACCACUCCAACACCAGGUUACACCACUACAACACCAGGUUACACCACUCCAACAACAGGUUUCACCACUCCAACAACAGGUUACACCACUCCAACAACAGGUUACACAACUACAACACCAGGUUACACCACUCCAACAACAGGUUACACAACUACAACACCAGGUUACACCACUCCAACAACAGGUUACACCACUACAACACCAGGUUACACCACUCCAACAACAGGUUACACCACUCCAACACCAGGUUACACCACUCCAACACCAGGUUACACCACUCCAACAACAGGUUACACCACUCCAACAACAGGUUACACCACUACAACACCAGGUUACACCACUCCAACAACAGGUUACACCACUACAACACCAGGUUACACCACUCCAACACCAGGUUACACCACUCCAAUAACAGGUUACACCACUCCAACACCAGGUUACACCACUACAACACCAGGUUACACCACUCCAACAACAGGUUUCACCACUCCAACAACAGGUUACACCACUCCAACAACAGGUUACACCACUACAACACCAGGUUACACCACUCCAACACCAGGUUACACCACUCCAACAACAGGUUACACCACUCCAACACCAGGUUACACCACUACAACACCAGGUUACACCACUCCAACACCAGGUUACACCACUCCAACAACAGAACCUUCCUGCAGGUGGAACUGUGGCGCCAGUUUCAGCAGUUGCUCCUGCAGCAGCUCCUGCCAGUACAAUCGAAACUGUUGCCAGGACUACUACGCUUACUGCUUCAGCACAACAGAAUCUCCCACAACAGAAUCUCCUUCCUGCAGGUGGAACUGUGGCUAUAGUUUCAGCAGCUGCUCCUGCGACAGCUCCUGCCAGUACUAUGGAAACUGUUGCCAUGAUUACCACCUGUACUGUUCAUCCACAACCCAAAGGCCACCAGAACCUUCCUGCAGGUGGAACUGUGGCGCCAAUUUCAGCAGAUGCUCCUGCAGCAGCUCCUGCCAGUACAAUCGAAACUGUUGCCAGGACUACUACGCUUACUGCUUCAGCACAACAGAAUCUCCCACAACAGAAUCUCCUUCUUGCAGGUGGAACUGUGGCUAUAGUUUCAGCAGCUGCUCCUGCGACAGCUCCUGCCAGUACUAUGGAAACUGUUGCCAUGAUUACCACCUGUACUGUUCAUCCACAACCCAAAGGCCACCAGUGACUGCCCCCAAUUGUGGAGGAAGCCUGUUUGGUUCCGGCUUUCUCUCCAGCCCCAACUACCCAAACUAUUACCAUGAUAACGCGUACUGCGUGUGGCGACUCUCUGCUUUGCCAGGGGAGAAGAUCUUUCUGUCAUUCGUAGAUCUUGAACUGGAGAACUGCUGUGGCUGUGACUAUGUAAACGUGUAUGAUGGCUCUACCACUGCCUCACCACUGCUGGGCAACCUGUGCUUCAAUAGCGGCCUCCAGGACUUCCACUCGUCCUCCUCGUACCUGACUGUCCUGUUCAGGAGUGACUACUCAGUCGUGGCUCGUGGAUUUAAAGCCUCCUACAGCAGCUCUCUGCCUUCAAACACAGCUCGAGUGAAGUGUUCCUCAGACCGCAUGAUCAUUGAGAUUCGGAGAUCAUACCUGGAAUCUCUGGGCAUCAGCUGGCACAAUCUUUACGUGGAUGACCAUCGCUGCAGACCCUCUGCUAACAGCUAUGAGGUGUCCUUUAACUUCCCUGUUGGCCAGUGUGGAACCAACAAAAAGUUCUACAACGGACGUGUUGUCUACAAUAAUAAUGUACGAGCGACACCCUCCCAAUCGGGUGAGAUCACACGGACAAUCGAUGAGUUCUUGCUGAACGUGACCUGCCACAUGGAGCAGGACACCACGGCGGGGACAGUCUACAAAGCCAAAGAGUUGGUCAACAGCACCAUCAUUGGAACUGGCCGCUUCAAUGCCACCAUGUCCUUCUUCCCUUCCCCCAGCUUCUCCUACCCCAUACUGGAACAUCCCUAUGAGGUCAAGAUAAAUCAGAACCUGUAUGUUCAGGUGCAGCUCACCAGAGCCGACAACACCCUGGACGUCUUUCUGGAAACCUGUGAGGCCUCUCCCAACCACAACUUUGAUGCUCGCGUCUACACCCUUUUGCAAAACGGCUGCGAGCAGGACAAAACAGUGGAGAUAUUAACCAACGGCCGGCACUACUACGCCCAGUUCAGCUUCAAAGCCUUCAAGUUCCUGCGGACGCAUGCCUUCGUCUUCCUGCAGUGUAGGGUGUUGGUCUGCGCCGACAACGACUACGGCUCCCGCUGCCGACGGGGCUGCCUCAAUCGCACAAAGAGAUCCCUCGACUCCGCCCACCACACUGAAGUAGUCACACUGGGCCCAAUCACUCUGAAAGGUUCCAGGUCUGCUGCCAAGGUGGACGUGGGGAAGUGAUCUCACAGCAGCCGAGCUGCAUUUCACUCCAAUCUCUAAUCAGUUGUUCAAUUAUCGCUCUAUGAACAGAGUACUAAUAUACUUACUGUGAUUAAAAGCAUUCUCAAAAGACAA